CAACGACCCAAAAGACUUGAAGAGCUCAGGCUCAGCGAUACCAGGAUCAUUACGACUUGCAUCCAUGCUAUGACGACCUAACGAAUGCCCAAUGCAACGAUUUCCAUUGUUCAGCUUCUCGCAUUUCCUUGGGCGGGGCUCCUGUUCAGUUCAUCUUUCCUUCGCCACGAGACCUCAUGUCACGAUUAUGAUUCAUGUCUCUCAUUAGCUUGUUCCCUUGGCGGCACGCAUAGCGACGGCACUGUAGCGUUUAGCGAAAAUUCUUGGGUUGGCUGUCUCUUAUUCAGAUUGAAAACUGGCUUCUACUCCGCAACGCCAUUCAUGACAAAGAGCAAGAUCACGACUCAGGUCAUAUAUCUUUAUGAACAGACUUUACGACGUCGAUGAACAGAUUGGCACCUUUUCGGGAAUACCUUUUUCGCUCUCCACUUGGGUCGGACCUGCGUGUUCCUUGCUUCC